AUGAAGUCUUUUGGCAUUGCCUUCUUACUCGGCACUCUGUGCUCUCCUCACGCAGGCGCGAGCCCGAACGACUCGGGUAUCGUCGCUCCGGCAUUCCCGCUUGAUUAUGUUCAGUCGUGGCGCACCUGUCACACGCCGAGUCACUCGAUGAUAGAGGACAUUGGCAUUCCCUACGAUGUUGCUGAGCCUCCUGCGAGACCAUUCCCAAAUGCGGAGCUGCAGUUCGCGUUGAUUGUCCAGCGGCACGGCACGCGGCGAUCGCAGUUCGAGGCUUCGCAAACCGAAUACUAUAAGGGAAUGGGCGCAGGCCAGCUCCUAGUUCAAGGUGCGUAUGAGUUGCGUGUAUCAGGGAAGGAGAUUCGUCGCUAUCUGCAGACGUUUUCGCGCACCGCAACUAUGCCAAAGUCUCUCCCAAACCAGAAUCGCGUGGAUAUUCUGAAUGAGACGUGCGGCUUUGAUAUUCGCAGAGAGUGCGCGUCGUACGGCCUCCGGGGAGACGACUGCACUCCUUCGUCUCUGGUCAACGCCAUUUUGACUGAGUUUCCCAAAAGUACUGUGUACGCCCGGUCGUCGGCUCUGCGAAGGACUCUGUGGAGCGCGGUGUUCUUUUUGGAGGGAUUCUAUGGUCUUCCAUGGGGUUGUGGUGGGACGACAGACGAGCUUGUCAAGACGGCCGCGAGCCACGUUGAGGGUAGCCGAUGCCUGCUUCGUGAGGUUUGCGACGGGGACCCAAAAAAGGUUCUGGGUUUGCGCGGGCAUCACCAAGAAGUGUGUACAGCAGUUGCUCUUCCGUGCAUUCAUGUGCCACGCACGGAAGGGGAUGGGUUAAUGGCCGCAGCUCUGCAUCACAAGGUGUCAUACGCGCAAGCGGAGGAGCACUUUGCUGGGCGGGAGGGUCCCCGUGCUUAUGUCCCCAAUAAAAAUGUGCAAAACGCAAUCGACAUUGCUAAGCAGAUUUGGGACAUGAAAGAGUUUGAGCGUUCUGGUGGGCACUGGAGCGUGGGUGAAAUGUGGUUGUCUGAAGCGUUCGCUGGGGAAACGACUCCGAUGAAGGAGUUGAAGACGUGGGUGGAGAACAGGAGGAAGUUCUGCGCAGAGAGCGGUGAAUGUGACCCGGAAGCAGUACCCUCUUACGAGUCCUUGCUCGAAGAUCUCAAGGAGGGAUUCAAAAUGGGGUAUGAGGCACAGUACGGCCUAGGCGGCUUUGCUAGGUUUGUGUCAUCCCCGUAUCUCUUCUUGUUCAACGGCAUCAGCAGGGCCCUUGUUUUCGGCCGUCCGGAGGACUGGAAAGAGCUGCGCCUGUUGAUGCAGGUGCUCAGCGGCUUUGAGGAGCUGAACGUGGAUGACGAAGACCUUCUGAAGGAAUCUAUCAAGCGAGUGAAGAUGUAUUUGUUAUCCUUCCACGAUUUUGUGUUGGUGGGCACGAUGGGUGCUCUACAGGUUCUCCCCGACGAGGUUACCCCCUUCGCAUCACGCUUUUCUCUAGAGCUGGUGAAGGCUCCUGGUGGUGACGCAAGAGAGUUCAAGCGCGUCGCAGAACCCUUUGAUGUCGAGAAGGGGCUAAACCCUGGAGGGAAUAUUAAGUACCCUAAGAACGGCUAUUAUGUGCGGUUCCUGUUGGGUCAGCCGGGGAAGACGAUGACCCCUCUGAAAAUGCCGUUGUGUGGCAACAGGGACGUGUGCCCCCUAAAUAUUUUCCUGAACGCGACGUACGGUUGGUUGCAGUCUUACAGUUUCAUGGAUGUGACUCAGGUCUUCCGCGACAGGCUCCGUGAGUUUGCAAGAAUGAUGAUGUAA